CUACACCGUAUUCCACCAUGACAGCCCUGCGAGCUGUUGAUGAGGUUCAAAGAGGACUGAUAUUACAGAAGCCACCGCACUGUACAGACGAUCUAUAUUUCAUCAUGGAAAACUGCUGGCAUUUUGUACCCGACGAAAGACCACCCUUCUCAGAGCUGUCGGCAGCUUUAUCAAAGCUUAUAAUGGACGCGAAGGAUCACAUUAUGCUGAAUCAUUAUGACGAGCACCAGUACGCCAACCUGGAACGGUCAGCUGAAGAGCUAUGUUAGACAAACUACCUAUUCUCUGAUAUUGAUGAUCAUAUCUGUAAAUGUUACAUUACACUAUCAUCAAACAAUGCUGAGUCCAUAGAUAUUGUAUGGAAGAAAAGCCAUUCUAUCUUAUAUGUUGUUGUUUUUGAGUCACUGCCACUAUCGUGAAGAGUUCUAUACAUGAGUGGUUUAACAGAACAUUUCUGCUAAGACCUUUCUUCUUCUAUAACUUGAUUGUCAUAAUACCAUGACUUAUUGAUACCUGAAAAUAUACUGAGUACUGUUUGACAAUGUAUUUGAUUUUGCAUAGACAGCAAAGACCAUAUAAUCUACACGAAAGUCAAUGAAAAAGAUUCUUCUGGGCAGAGUGUACAUGAUUGUAUAUUCUCGAUUAGAUGUUGUUACAUACUGUUGAAACAUUGUUGCUGAAACUGCAUCAUAUGAACACAUUGCCAUUUCUCAGCAUCAUUUACAUGAAGAUUUUUUCCUUUUUAAAUCCAACAGACAUUGCAUAGAGACUGUAUAAUAGCAAUAUGGUUUGUUAAUACAUAUGAGAAAGUUCAUAUAACAGAAAUCCAUUAUUUUUGGAUAAAAUGAAACACACAAAGGAAAUUCGUAUGAGUGAAAAAGGCAAAGUUUACACGCCAAUGUGCAUAUGAAGUAAAAGGAUAUAGUAGCAGAAUCGAGAUAGUUUAUUUUUCUAUGUGCUCUAAACAAACUAAAUCCAAUAGUACUUGAUAUUGUUAAUAUGACAAUUGUACAAGGCGAUUCCUUUCCUUACACGUACAUUCAACGUAACUAAAUAAUUACAGUUACCCUA